CGUUGGUAGACUUGCUGACGUAAAUAGAGGAUUCUCACAUCUCUCAGUUUCAACAUUAGGGGAUCGAAACAUCAAUCAUUGCCACAAUGUCUGACACUUUGACUGACAACGACUGGUGCGAGAUCAACAGAACAACAAUUACCAAAAUGUACGACACGCUGACGCGAGACAUCGACUGUACAAAAUACUUUCCAUCCCUUCGUUCCACUUUCGUCCUCACCGCCGAUGAUUGCGAUGAGAUCCGUGAGGAGAGGACGCGCAAGAAGAUGGUGAUGAAGUUCUUGGAUCUGCUGACAAAAAAGGAGAAACGGACGGUUGUUGAGGAGCUGCUUAGGGCGAUUGGGAAAGACAAGACGAUGCCACAGUUGCGUAUGAAGUUGAUGAAGGCGUUUGUUGAGACGAAGGAAGAGUAUAAGAGGACACAUGGUAAACGAGAAGCGACCCCACUUCAACAAAAUGGAGCACGUCAAAGCGGCCUCAGUGCCGACACAGACGAUAUGGGGCCACUACCACCUCCCCCAAAUACUGUUGAUCGAAUAGCAAUGUCAGACAUCCCACGUAAUCAUGGCUGUCUUAUCAUACCAGGACCCCCACCCUCUAGCCACAAUACGAAAUCCCCACGUUUAUUGUCUCUCUCGUCAACCAGCACCGGUCCCAUUCCUCCUCGACCGCGGAUGGAAAGUGAAGGCAGACAAGAAGGAGUUCCGGCCAUUAAUAGGCCACGUGAAAGCUACGCGACUGCCAAACAAGAUUCAAGCGAGACGUCAUAUUUGAGCGUCAACAUGUCGUUGUAUCCACAGUCAAAUAGUACAACGACCAGUAGUUUGCAUACGAUGAGUUCUGAAGCAAUGAAUGGUCCUAAAACAACUCUUCCUUCGAGAUCUACAGACUUUAGUACUCUUGCUCAACAUCAAUCGACAUUCGACUACAGCAGCAGUGUAUCAUCACCUAUGAGUGGUGACGGUGAUCAGGAUUGGAGUCGUGCGGUAAGACAUGAGGCAUUGGACAGGUUCGGGUCUAGAGCAAUUGCAAGUGAUGCCUCACGUGGGGCUGGUGACAAUUGAUCAGUUGAGCCGAGA